AUGUCGAACACGACGUCGUGGCAGAAGGCAAUGAUAUUUGCGUCCAAAGGCCGCAUGGUGGGCUACCGCCUCACCCUCGAGCACUACAACACAGUCCUCUACUCCCAGUCCAUGUGGGGACGUGCGCUAGAAAUGAUCAAGGUGAUUCGUGCCAUGCAGCAGGACGGCGUGCAGCCCAACGGCGCCACGUACUACUACGUUGUGAAUGGCAUGGCAAACGCAGACCACGGCUAUAAUUACGACUUCAACAUCAAUCAUAGGCUGGAAAAGCUGCAGCACUGGCGCGUGGCGCUGAAUGCGCUGCAGGCGUGCGAGGCAAACGGCUUCGACUCGACCGACACAAUGCACAACUCCGUCAUCGUGACCAUGACCAUACCCGGCAUGAACCACUGGAAGGAGGCAUUGCAAAUACUCAAAAAGAUCAUCGAUGAGGAUCGGCAGCUACACCCGAACAUGGUUCGCUUCCUUCAUAAUUGCCUCAUUCGCAACUACCGACCGCGUGAGGCAAGCGAUCUUCUGCGAUUGGCAGCUGAGCGCGGCGUGAAAGGGUACGAAAAUGCGUGGGAGGCGGACGUCUACAAGGGAAAACCGACAGAUGCCCAGCUCGAAGCCUCACGAGUCAAAGCUACCGCGAUGAGUGCAGCAGGAAUGGAGUGCGUGGGUGGUAGCAGCGGCACGCUCUCCUCGUCAACAUUGAAGGGCGAGGAAACUGACCGCAACUCUGCACAAGCCUCCGCAGCCGCCACGCUCAUGGCGCUGCAGCUGCGUGGCGACCAGUCACUGCCACCGCCCCAGAUGCACAGCGCUCUCCAGGAAGAAAUGGAGCGAAACAUUACUGCGGAGCGGCAGGCGCUGCGCCCCUUCACCGCGGGGCUGCACUACACCGAAAUGCAGUCCGUCUUCCGCCCACGUGUGCAUCGCCAGUUGUGGUACCAGUGGCAUCAAAUCGCAAACCGCUAUCGGCCCACUGCAUCGCUCAAGCGUCGUCAGCUGGCUCCCCGCGACUCACCCACGGGUAUCCCGGCGUGGAACCGUCUGUGA